AUGUCGCUCGAAGAGAAAUUCCCCGCAUAUGGCGGGCGUGGCCCGGCGGACUUUCGCCUGGGUAUUGCCCUGGGUCUCGUCGCCACCACGUUCAUGAUCCUACGGGUCUACGUUCGGCUACGCGUGAACAAGUUCGGCACGACCGCCUUGUUAUUGUCACUCCUUGCUUGGUUAUUUACGAUGCUUACACAAGUCUUCGGCUUUCUCUCCGUUCUCCACGGCCUGGGAAACCAUAUCACCGUCAUUAUGAAAGUUGGCGAACUGCACAACUUCCUUCUCUUCACGUGGAUCACUGUCUUUUUCUUCAACCUCGCCAUUCCCACCGGUAAAGUGGCGGUAGCGGCUUUCUUGAUUGAAAUGAACGGGCAAGGCAACCCCAAGAUUCGCCGCAGUCUCGUCGCCAUCGCCGUCUUGAACAUCGUCCUGAAUAUUCCCCAGCUCCUCUUGGUCUGGUUCCAGUGCAGCCCCGUCGAUGCUCUCUGGGAUCCUGCGCGCCAGGCGCAAUGCGAUCACCGAAAGAGCGUUUAUUAUACUUACUUUGUCGGAGCCAUUGCGGCCAUCUCGGAUUUCUAUCUUGCCAUCGUUCCCAUUCACAUGCUUCUGCCCCUUCGCAUCGAUCCCAAACUUAAAUGGGGUCUGAGUUUCCUGAUGGGAUGCGGUGUCUUCGCUGGCGUGGCCGCUAUCGUCCGCACAUGGGCCGCCAGCUACAUUCUCUCCGAGGAUUCUUCAUACGGCGUUGGGACCCUUUUCCUAUGGGGAGAAGUCGAAGAAUGGCUCGUGCUCAUCACCAUGUCCAUUCCACCCGUGUGGCCUCUCUUCCGUCCCUUCACUUCCAAAUUCAUCAGAUCGCACGCUACCCGAAGCCAGCAGCGCUACAACUACAACUACGGCUACAACUCCAAGCAGCCGUACAGCACGACGGCAGUCGGCGACCAGUCACCGGGCUUCCCGCCUCCCAACUACCCGCCUCCUCUCAUCACUACUACAAUCUCCAUCUCGUCGGCCAAGGAUGCCGAGACAAUUGCUGCGUCGGAGGCCGAGUCCCGCUUGUCGGAUGAGCGCAUGCCUCGUAAUAUCAUCCACGAUAAGAACGCGCAGCCUUGGGUGGAAAUGAAGGAAAUGAAGGACGGCCGCUCGCCGUGA